AUGGCGGACGGGGGGGAGACAACACUGGCCAGCAUCACCAGCACUGCUGCCGCCACCAAAUCCCACAAGGCCCAGGAGCUGGCAGCAUGCACAAUAAGAGCGCCGCCAUUCUCGUAUGCCCACCUCGAGGUCCUCCGCGACUCGGCGCAGCCCGCGGAGCUGGACGCCAUCCAGGUGCGCUCGUACUGCACGGCGGCCCUGAAGCAGUUCCUCGGCAUCUCGGGCACCGCCAUAUCUGUGGACAUCCUCAGGGUCGAUGGCGCCGCCUGCUGGCUGAGGAUACCGCGAGACGACCUGGCUGCCUUUGCCGCCGCCAUCACGGCCUGGCAAGGGACCUACGAGGGCGGGCUUCACACGACGCUUCGCGUGAAAGGCUGCUCCGACUGGCUGGGGACUCUGGUCGGGCGGCAAGGGGAGGACCAGAUGUGGGAGGGCUGA